ACGAUAUGUCAGUACAGCCAGCCCUUUAGUCGAAAAGGAGUUCGCCAGCAUUCUGAGGACAGUAUAUUGAAUGUUAAAGGUACGUGAGGCAUGUUCCUCUUUCAGUUAAAGAAUUCACGAGAACUUAAUGCCUUAAUGUCUUUAAACACUUUUCAAAGUUAACACGUAAGUUUGAAUCAUAACAUUCAUACAUCGUUUAAUUUGGUAUUUAUCAGAAACAUAAACAAAACAAACGCAAUUGCAACCCAGUCCAAUAUAUAUUUCUAAAGGUCUUCCCAUACCAUAAAUUGUGGAAGCGAGCCGACCAAAAUUUCCAUUUGAAGGCUUCGGAGAGCAAACCGAAUAGUAUUGCACUUCUGUUUAUUUUGCAGAUGAACUCAGUAACGUUGUCAGUCGUUGUGUUGACAGUAACUGCUCUACUUGUGAUGUUAUCGACUCCUGCUGCCGCUGAUUGUCGGUAUUGCUAUAAUCAAAAAAAAAUAUGUUUUACUACUUGUAUCACCCAGACGUGUUUGGACAACUGCGACAUUGGAUAUAAUAGUUGUCUUCAAAGGUCAUCUUGCCGACGAUUUCUUCUUCGAGACGUUCUUAAAGAAAAUUAUAAAAAUCAACCACAGUUACAUUACGAAACAUUGUUUUAGUCGGUAAACUAAGUAUUUAAUUUUAACGAAACAACAGAAAACGGGGAUGAGGAUGAGAUUCCUGUAAAAUGAAGAUGGAACACCGAUCGAGAUCCGUUUAAAGCAUUACUUAGGGUAAUACUUAAUUUCUAUACGUUUUUCGUGUAAAAGUUCCCAUAAUGCAAUUCAUUAAACCAGGAUAAUUAUAACAAAUCAUUUUAUGAGAAUUUGUUCUUGGUGGAUAACACCCACACAUUCGACUGUAACUCAAGUAGCUCGC